AUGAUGAAAAAAUACGCGAAAGAUCAGCCGCAUGGCUUUUCGAAUCGCAUUUCAAGAGUCGCCAUUGUUGGGGCCGGUGGCACAAUGGGAAGACAUCUAGCAGAAGCGCUACUCAAGACUGGAAGGCAUGUAUUAACAGCCAUUACACGCCCUAGCAGUACCAACAUCCUACCGGAAGGCAUGCAUGUUGCCCGCGUUGACUACGGCGGUGAUGACGACGUGGCACUCAUUGAGGCAAUGCAAGGGCAACAGGUCCUCAUCAUCACAAUGGCAGUCACAGCUCCACGAGGAACAAUCAACAAGCUCAUCCAGGCCGCGUCGAAGGCUGGUGUUCCAUAUGUCUUGCCAAAUUGGUUCGGGCACGAUAAUGCCAACAACAGCCUCUGUGACGACAGCAUGCUAAGCCCUGGCCGCGAUAGCAUACUCGCCGAGAUGAACGCUUUCCAAAACACCUCCUACAUCUUUCUCGUCUGCAACUUCUGGUACGAGUUCAGUCUAGGUGGCGGAUCUGAUCGGUUUGGGUUCGACUUCAAGACGCGCUCUUUUAUACAGUUCGAUAAUGGCAACGUCCCAUUCAACACGAGCACCUGGCCUCAGUGUGGUCGGGCUAUCGCCAACCUGCUCAGUCUCAAAGAAAUCCCUGAUCAUGAAGCCGAUAGCUCACCUACAUUAUCGCAAUUCACCAACAGUUCUGUCUACAUCUCGAGCUUCCGAGUAAACCAGCUCGACAUGUUUGAGAGUGUCAAGCGUGUUACUGGAACCACUGAUAAAGACUGGACCAUUACAAAUGAGUCAGCUGAGCAGCGCUGGAGGGAGGCUCAUGCCGCUGUGCAGCAGGGUAACUUUCGGGAAUUCCCCAGACAGCUUUAUAGCCGUAUGUUUUUCCCUACUGCUGACGGGGACUACCAGUCCCGUCGUGAGCUUCACAACAAGUCGCUUGAUCUACCUGUUGAAAGUUUGGAUGAGUACACGGCGAUUGCAAUCAAAAUGGCAGAGAAUGACGAAAUUGUUGGACAUCACUGA